AUGGAGCGAGGGGAAGAGCUGCAUGUCCCAGAUCUCAGCAAAGGCGAGGACGAUGAGAGCUGGCCGGGCCCCCAAACAGGUGAGAGGCUGGCGAGCGUGGCUGGGGCAGAGGAUGCUGCACCGGGAAGAGGCGGCACCAGCACUGAUGUGGAGCUGGUGGGAGUGUGGCACAAAGACCCUGCUGCGGGGGCAGAGGAAGCUGUGCAAGGAGGCAGUGCCAGGGUGGAGGAGGCUGUACCAGGAGGUAGCGCUGAUGCAGAGCCAUCAGGUGGCCCUUUAAAUGCACACCAGCAGGACGCCCACGCCAGCCAGCGCCCCCACGCCUGCGCUCACUGUGGCAAGAGCUUUGGGCUGCGCUCCACGCUGGCACGGCACUUGCAGACACACAGUGUCGAACGCCUCCACGCCUGCCCUGACUGCCCCCGCCGCUUCCGCCAGCGAACCCACCUGCUCCGGCACCGGCUAGCGCACACAGGUGAACGUCCCUUCCCCUGCCCGGUCUGCGGCAAAGCCUUUGCCCUGAGUGCCACGUUGCUGCGGCACCAGCUGGUGCACACGGGUGAGCGCCCCUACCACUGUGGGGAGUGCGGGCGCAGCUAUACACAGAGCUCCUACCUGCACCAGCGCAGUGCCCACGCUGGCCAGUGCCCCCACACCUGCCCUGACUGCAGCCAUGCCUUUGCUGACCGUGCCAACCUCCUGCGGCACCAGCGGGGCCACACAGGCGCCCGACCCCACACCUGUGCUGAGUGUGGGCGGUGCUUUGCCCAGCUGGCACACCUACGGGAGCACGGGCGCACACACAGCAGGGAGCAGCCAUUCUGCUGCAGUCGGUGUGGCCAAGCCUUUGGGCACCGUUCAGCCCUGGCUGCGCACCAGCGUGCACACAGUGGGCAGCGCCCCUACCCCUGUACCCAGUGUGGGUGCCACUUUGCCCAGCUUGCCAGCCUGGUGGAGCACCGCCGGCGGCACACGGGUGAGAAACCUCACGAGUGCUCCCACUGUGGGCGCCGCUUCCGCCACCGCUCAGCCCUGCUUCGCCACCAGCGCUCCCAUGCUGGGGAGCGCCCCUUCCGCUGCGGGCAGUGCAGUCGUGGCUACACCCGCAGCUCCAACCUCCUGCUGCACCAGCGGGUGCAUGCUGCUGAGUGA